AUGAAGCGACGUGCUGCCCUGCCGGCACCUCAGGUCUCGAUGGAGAAUAUUAGCCUGAUGUCUAUCCUCCGUAAAAAUAUCGGCAAAGAUUUGUCGACAGUCGCGAUGCCCAUCGCUCUGAACGAGCCGCUCAAUUUGCUGCAAAAGCUCUGCGAGGAGUUGGAAUACUCCGAGCUGCUCGAGCAAGCAGCGGAAACAUCGGACGAUGUGCAUCGCAUUGCGCUGAUAUCUGCAUUUGCGAUCUCGGCCUACGGCUCGACAAUACUCCGUGCAGGACGCAAACCCUUCAAUCCGCUGCUAGGAGAGACGUAUGAGUGCGUGCGAGAGGACAAGGGCUUCCGAUUCAUCUCCGAGAAGGUCAGCCACCACCCGCACAUCAUGGCCUGCCACGCCGAGUCGCGACGCUAUGUGUUUUACCAGUCAAAUCAAGUCAAAACAAAGUUCUGGGGAAAGUCAAUGGAGCUCAUCCCGUUGGGCCAGGUCAACGUCGAAUUUCCAGCGUUGGGCGAGCACUAUCAAUGGAACAAGGUGACGACAUGUAUGCGAAAUAUUCUGGCUGGCACACGCUAUCUGGAGCACUAUGGCAUCAUGAACAUCAAGAGCUUGAAGACAGGGUACACAUGCCAGGUUACGUUUAAAGAGUCGGGAUACUUUACUUCCUCCAAGAAUGAGGUCACUGGUGUGAUCCUGGAUCCUAAUGGGCAGGAGAUUCUCUCGAUCGGCGGAAAAUGGGACGACAGCAUCGCCAAGUUCCAUUCAUCCACGCCCAACCAGCUUGAGGUGCUCUGGAGACGCAGACCCAACCCGAACCAUUCGCAAGAAAUGUAUGGCUUCACGGACUACGCCGUGCAGCUCAAUGAGUUACACCCAAGCCUCGAAGGUGUGAUUCCCAAGACUGACUCGCGAUACCGCACCGAUCAGCGCAUGUACGAGAACGGACUGGCGGACGAGUCCGAGAUGGAGAAACUGCGGCUGGAGGCACUGCAGCGAGAGUACAUCAAGGAGCUCGAGGCGCAAGGUCAAAAGUGGACGCCUCGAUUCUUCGAGCCCGGCCGGGAAAGUACGGCGAGUGCGGCCUCGCCGACGAACUCGACCGAUCGAGUGUGGCGGUACUUGCCCGGAUCGUACUGGGAGCAGCGUGGUCGGUUCAAAGACGAAGACCAGGCCCGCGAUCUCUGGGGACAGUCGGAGCCCUGA